UAAAACUUAUUUAAUAUAAGAAAACAUAAAUUAAAAUGUAGCUUAUUAAAUCUACUAAAUACUUCUUAACAAAUAGUUCUAUGUAUAGUAAAACUGAUAAUUUUAUUUAUCUAAGACUUCCAAGGGGAGAAGAUGAAGUUUUCAUUUCAACACCGCGCUUUUUACUGCUACAUUGGGAUGAGCAUUUGGAUUUUCUUUCUGAUUACCGUUGUAUACAAAUACAUAACAGUAAAUGAUGAACCUGUAGCUGUAAAGUUAGAGCACAAUGAAUAUUUAUUUAAAAUUGAUACCAAAUAUAGAAGGAUUUUCCAUAGGGCAUGUAAUCCCCCUGAAGAUAUUGUGAGGGGUUCAGAAGGUCUGGUAGAAAGUGAUUCAUGGUUAUUACAAGGAGUUCUUGUUAUAACUAGGCACGGGGAUAGAGGCCCACUCACUCAUCUUAAGGGAGGUGACAAGUUACCAUGUGAUAAUGUGCCAGUUUCAGCAUUGCUACGAAGUUAUGAAGAGUUUGUACUCAACGCAAGUUCAUCAGGCCGUGCUUGGUGGGUAGCUGGUCCUGGACCCUUUCAUAACUUCCCGUCAUUACCUCGUACUGCCACAACUCACUGUGCCCUUGGACAACUGACACCAAAGGGACUCUUGCAAAUGAUUACUGUGGGUAAUAUUUUACGCGAGGCAUAUGGUGAAAAGCUUAGUAUGGACAACAUGGAGUUAUCUGGAAAGAAAGAUGCAGGCGGUAUAGCGUAUAGUACGCGCUAUCGACGCACAUUUCAGUCUCUUCAGGCGUUAUCUUGGGGAGGGACGAGGGUUGCUGCAGCAGCCCGUGAGGCCCACAGUGUCGCCUUCUGCUUCAGGCACUGUGCCUGCAAUGCUCAUCAUACACUUGCCAAAAAAAUAAGCAUGCAAGCAAAAACCAGACUAGAAUCUCAUCCAACGAUUAAGGAACUAAUUAAAAAGCUAUCGAAAGUAUUAUUUGAAUCUCAAGAGUAUACAGAUGCCGAUGUCGUGCGUGACGCACUAUUAGCUUACAUGUGCCACGACGCACCUCUACCCUGCUCGCAAACAAACAAAAAACUAAAUAUUGACAAACAAAGGAAAUUUCGCUCGGAAAUACUGAGGAAUCUUCUAGAAGUUGACAUUGAUACACUGAACAUGGAGUUGGAUUAUAUUAAUAAUCAACUAGACUUCAACAACGAAAUCGGAAGAAAAGCGCGGGACAUAAUCAAACCAUUUGACAGGAAUAAGCAACCGCUAGACUUUGACGCCCAAAUGGAGAGAGAAAAAUUGCUCUACUACCAACAACGCUAUCUGGAUACAGAUUAUGACGACGUGGUCAUUGUCAAAAAGAAUUUAGACGCAGAUUUCAAUUUCCCGAACGAGCAAGAUUUUGAUGAAGACUAUAGAGAAGCAACGGAUUCGACUGAACAAUUUUGCGUCAGAAAGGAACAUAUAAUAUCGAUUUUCGCGUAUUUGGAGUGGAGUUACCGUCAAGACGUUAAAGACGUUAAUAACAGACGAAGGAGUUUGCUAAUUGCAUAUGGUUUAAUCCAUAACAUAGUGCAGAAUAUGAUUCGAAUGAUCUCAGAGAAUAAGCCAAAAUUUGUCGUUUACUCCGGUCAUGAUAAGACACUGCAAGCGAUGAUUCUUGCGUUAGGACUGAAUAACUAUCAGCAUUACAACAUACAAUAUGCCAGUCGGAUGAUCUUCGAAGUUUACAGGAGGAAGGAUUUGAUGGACGAAUUUAAAUUUACUAAAAGGAAAGCUGUCGCCCAGGAUUUUUACUUCCGCGUGGUGUAUAAUGGAGAAGAUGUUACAGAUGAAAUCGGGUUCUGCAGAAGUACAAUAGCAAUGAAGGUUGUGGACCCAAUUGAUGGUAAGAGAACGUAUAAUACAUAUCUGUGUCCAAUUGAAAGUAUUGUUAGGUUUAUACACGAUGAUUAUUUCGCUGGUUUUAAUGUUAGUAAUUAUAAGGAUGCGUGUGCUACGUAUGGGAAGCGUGUUUAGCAAGCGCAAAGUAUAUAAUAGUCAUUUUAUAUAUUAGGGUUUUAAAGCAUUUAAUUAUACAUAGCUACACGGAGGAAUCAUUGAAUUAGGUUAAAAAUUUGUCGAACCUCUGACAUUUUUGACAGCACCCAAGAAUUGAUUUUAGUACAGUGACGAGUUUGAAGUUUUCAUAAAUUCAAUCUGCAGAAAGAGCAUAUCAGUUACUUAUAUAUUUCUUAUAUGCAUCAAAUUUCUUUACUAAAAAGUGUAAAUUUCAUAUUUUAUAACAAAGAAUUAUCGUCUAAUUGUCCACUAUGUGGAAGUAGCAUGGUUUGUUUCGGAAACACUUCAGUUCUUCGAGAAAAGUGCGUACCAAUUCUUAAAAGGCCGGCAACGCACUCGCGAGCCCUCCGGCAUUGAGAGUGUCUGUAGUUUGUCUGAAUGUAAGUCCCUGUUCUAGAAUUUUUUAGAAACAGCGUUGUCUAGAUUAAGAAAAGACCUCUCUUUCCGCACAGACUAUCAUCAUGUUAUUCAUAAAAGCUAUGUUGGUCCUGGACUGUAUAAACUCAAUUGUCUCUUUCCGACAUAUUGUGUUUACGCUGUUAUGAAAAGAGACAGAACAGUGAUAUUAUUACGAUAUAAUGCCAUCGUGGAGUAAGAUUAGUUUAUGGUUAUUUAACCGUAUUUACCUAAUUAACCUAUUCCAAUUUUAUUCUUAGAUUUUACCUAAAUGUACAAUUGCUAAAAAUAGUGUACAUAUCACUUAGUACUUAAUGUUAGGAAUUUAAGACUGAUUUUGUUUAACAAUUUACUUAUAAGUUUAGCUACAUUGUGAUAGUACAUAUUUAAUUUAUUUUUAUUAGCACUACAUAAAAACGAAUUCCCGUUUUGACUACAAAAUAGAAUAGAAAAUAGGUUUUUCUCAUUAAUAAGUUAUUUUGCGUGUGAAAUUUAAAACUGAAAAGUAUCCAACAAGAACGAAUGACUACGCCCUUAUAAUAUAAAAUGUACACUACAUGCCAUAUAAUGUAACAUUAAACAUUCGUAUUGUAACAGUAUGACAUUUGUACCACACAUUGACACAUGUAAUCGCACAAAAUGACAAUUUCCAACGAUUGUAAACCUAUCAUUUUGACAUCUCAGAAUAAAAAUCUAUUUGUAGAGCAAUAGCCAUAGAGCAUGUCAAAAUCAUUUGUGUAUAAAAAAAACUCGGAUGUUUUGAGGAGUUGAGGACCAACAGUUUAAACUCGCUUCGUUAUCAAAAAUGAUUGCAAAUCUUUUGUCUGACUUUAAGAUUCAACUAUUAAAGAAAUUCGAAGUUGAUUUAUUUUUCAAAAUGAUAAACAUGUCUCUGUAUUUUAUUUUACAAACAAAACUGAACAUUAAUAAAAAAACAAUUGAUUUACUGUAAAAGACGGGAUUUCAGUCGAUAACGAACAUUUGUGAAAUGACUAGGUUCACAGACGUGAGUUGGAGAUUUUGACAGAUAGGAGUCAUAAAUGGUAAGAUUCAGAAACGAGAUUUAGUUCUAAAUGUGCCAUAUGUAAAAAACUAAUUACAUUUUCAUAACCUCGUUUCUGAAUUUUAGAUCUGUCUGUCUCAGUAUCAUAUAAGAUCUCAAAGUAACAUGAAUUUACAAUAUGAGAUUUGCACCAGUAUUAUGAUAGAUUUAUGAGGAAUAUGUGGAAUUUUAUACUAAUAUAAUUUUAUUUAUUUUAAUGGACGAAUGAUCUCAUUAAUAACAUUCCAUGUUAAAAAAAAAGUUUGGUAAUAUUGACAUAACACUGAUAUAGAAUGAUUGUAAUACAAAGUAGUACCCUAAUUGUAUUAUUUUUUUAAUUUAUUACCAGCAGGUGAAGUUAACAUAUCAAUAAGUUAUUAUUGUUCUUUAAUAUAUAAUUAAAAUGUAAAUGUUCAAUAAAA